CGUCAACAGCUAUUUUUAACCGCUAACCGAUUGAGACUAUUGAGUAGCAAGGAAAUUUCACAAUAAGUUUAUCUAUAAAAUAAUUUAAUAAUUCAUAUACAUUCCUAAAUAUAUAAAAAUACUCUCUCCAAAAAUGGAAAUGACUCCAUUUCUGAAUGAAAUAAAAUCACCGUUCCGCAAUCCAAUCGGGAAAUCAAAAAAACUUAAUGGAGAUUAUAAUGGCAAAAUCAAAAUUUAUUCAAUGAAUUCUCAAAAUCGAGGUAUUUUCUGUUUUGUUAACAUCAAUAACUUUCAAAGAAAGAAAGAGAAGAAACGAGAAGGUGGAAAUAUUGAUCGAGAUAAAUUAGUGACAUUAUUUCGGGAAAUGGGAUUCGUAUGCUAUUACUACGAAGAUAUGUCGAAAGAUGAAUUCAUAGAAAUGUUGAAAAAAUUAUCAGUCCGGUCGGAUUUACCAAAAUACGAUUGUUUGGUACUUUCUGUAUCAUCGCAUGGUAACGGUGAUCGAAAUGGGAACACCACUAUUGAAUUCAGUGACGGUGCUAUGGUAUAUGUUAAUGAGAUCAUAACAUACUUCAGCAAUGUCAGCUGCCCGCAUCUGCUCGGAAAGCCGAAAAUCUUCAUAUUUCCAAGUUGCCGAGGUCCAAGAACAGAUCGUGCACUAGAACCAAUGGAAUGCGAUAACUGCGAUAGUAAGCCUCAAGAAAUAGACACGAUCACCGAUCCGCAGCAAACGUUCUCGCAUAUGAAAAUUUGUUUUUCGACGGUUGCAGGCUAUUCAUCUUUUCGGGAUGCUGAAACCGGGUCUUGGCCAGAAUCCGCCCGUACUUUGAGUGCAAAAAGAUCCUAGUGAUCAAUUAUAAGCAGGUGAAAACAGAAAAAAACAGCUAAAAAAAUUGAGUGUCGGGGGACAGCCAAAAAAGGAGGGAGAGAGGAAAGUUCCCCAAAGCGAUAAUCAAACAUUGAAUUUUGGACAUUUUCAGCAUAUGAUAAUUUUAGUGGAUUUGGUUCAAAUUUAAUUAUUUUGUGGAAAAUUUUAAAUAAAAAUCAAUUCUAUAACUUUGUUGAAGAUAACAUUUCGUUAUAUCUUACCUUUAUCGCGAAAAAUACAAAAAAACAUAUUCAAAAUUCACAUUUUCCAUGUUACGCUUCUAUUGAAGCGACGAUUCAAGUAACGUUUUUAAGAAACAAAUUUCCAAUUGCGUUUCAAUUCAAACUUCUGUAUUCCUAUUUUCAUUCUUAGCAACAUUUUAUUUCUGACACUGCAGCUAGCACAUUCCACCAAUAGGUGGAAUAACUCGAAUGAAAAAUUUGAUCGAAAUACAAUUAAAAAAUUGAAGCACAAAAUGGGAUAUAGAUAAAAUACCGGCCAUUUUGCGAAUUUUGACUUCUUCAUAACAAAAUGCCGUCAAAAUUCUAAGUCUUUUGUAUUGGAACACAUGAAUUUCAAUUCGAUGAGCAUGUGAGAUUGGAACAUUAUUAUGUAUUUUUGAUGCACAUCAUGGGAUUUAAUUGUAUCUUUGCUUUGUUGUCCAAGGUGCAUUUUGAAAAACCGAAUUUCAUUUGUCAGCAAAAAUGAUCAAAUCACGAUAUUUUGUAGCAAAAGAAGCGAAAUCAUUUUGUGUUCCAAACGCAACUUAAUUUAUUGCGAUUACCAUUUGUCAUAUCGGCCUAAUAUUAAAAUGUUUCCAAUUUUAUCAUUACUUAAUUAAUAUUACUUAAGCUAAAACCUUUUCUUUCUACAAAUGUCUGAAAUAAAAUUAUGCAUCUUAAAAUCCUUUUUGUUGACAAACAA